AGCCGAAGAACGGCUCGGGAAACCCUUGCGGGACAUCUGAUAGCGCAGAGAGGGGGCACAGCCCCACAGCAGAAAAGGGAUGGCGUUCCUUCAGCCGGCGCCGGCAGUGGUCGGCCCGGUCUCGCUGACGGCCCUGGUGGGGCUCAUCGUGCUGGUCCACUUCGGGCUGAACGUUUUCAUCCUGGGGAGCGUGUCCGACAAGUCUGUUAUUGUCUCUGGCGUGGAGAUCUCCUCAACGCUUCAGUACGCGUUGGGCGCCUUCUGCCUACUUGGCCUGCCCUUGACGGUGCACGGAGGUGUUGGCGCCGUCUACCGGGUGCCUGGCCACCUGCAUACCUACCUCUGGUACCUCUUCGCCUUUCUGGCCGCGGGCGCCGCCUGCCUCAUCUCCGUGGCGGUGCUGCAGCGGCCUUGCCACACCCGGGAGCCCACCGGUGGUGACGUGCUGGCCACUAUGGUGUGCGGCCUGCCCAACUUCACCAGCAUGGUCUUCCUGGCGCUCUUCCUCAUCGUCGUGAGCGUGGCCAUCUACUUGGUGUGGUCCCUGAGCGAGAACGUCCAGAGGCGUUUGGAGACGGACCUCUUCAGAUACCAGGAGCCUUUGCAGCUCAAGGCGCAGCUGGGCGAGCAGGCCAUGCAGCAGGCACGCCAGGCGGCGGGCAGCGGCAAGAGCGCGCACCGCGGCGGGAUCCCCGGCGCGCUUUGGAACAGCGUGGCGCUGUGAGAGGAGAGGACCAGGCCCCGCCUUUCUCAGGAGCUCGAGGGAAGCCCCAUGCAGCUAGCACGAAGGGGAGAAAC